AGAAACAGAGUGGGAGAGAGAGAGAGAGGGGGGGGGGGAAGAGAGAGAGAGACGCGCAGGGAAGCAGCAGAGCUGCAGUCUGAAUCUUGGCGUUGCACAGACCCAAGACAACGCGGUGGUGAGGCGCUGCGAAACCGGGGACUACGUGCACAGCCUGCUGCACAUUUUCUCUCUCUGCACAAGACACGGCGUAUUUACCCAGCUGAUUUCUUCGAGAUCUGGAUAUCCUCCCGUCACAUUUACGCAUCAAAUGCCGAUUUAAGCCUGGAUUAUCAGCAUCACAGCUGCUGUUAUUAACUGGAUAUUUGUGUAUAUAUUCCAGAGAAGGACAUACUGUAUAAGUGCUGCGGAAUAAACUGGAGAAAGGCUCUGUAUUUGUUUCCAGGUGUUUUUUCUUUUUUUUUUUUUUUCUCCAUCCUUCACAUGUGUGCGGCGGACGUGGGAUUGCAGAGUUUUUACGCGUGAGAGGCAAAUCAGUGGCCACUUUAUUCUCCGUCUCCCCUUUGGUUGUUUCCCCUCCUUCCCCUCGUUUAUAGGUGUGAAAUCUAUCUUCUCAGACAGAGACUCUAAACCCCUCGGUCCCCACAUGACAUGGUUCAGUCCAGCCCCGAGAUCCGAGCCUCCUCAAUGCAUUGGGAUUUUUCUCAGCGCCGACACCAAGUGAAUCUCCCUUUUCUGACCAUCUGAGAACUAUUGUGCCCGGAGACCAGCGGAGAAACCAGCCCUGCCAUGACCGCCGCUUCAAAUCAGGACAGAACACCCGGACUUGCCAGGAGACCGGAAUGCGCACACAGAAAAGAGGACGGGAUACGGAUUUUUGCUCUAAUGAAGGCGGGAGUGCAGGUGCACAGUUGGAGCCGGGUGCUGUUCUUAUACAUGGGACUGCUGGUCGCUUCAGUGAAGGCUCAGAACUGCAGUUACACACUACACAGUCCCAAUGGGACGAUAGAAAGCCCCGGCUACCCCUAUGGUUACCCUAACUAUGCCAACUGCACAUGGGUGAUUGUGGCAGCAGAGCACAACAGGAUACAGCUAGUGUUUCAAGGCUUCGCCCUGGAGGAGGACUUUGACCUCCUGUCUGUAUACGAUGGGCCGUUCAGUCCAGGGAACCUGCAGACAAGAUUAACUGGGUUCCAGCUGCCUUCACCCAUUGUGAGCACAGGCUCCCGGCUCACACUGUGGCUACUGUCGGACUACGCCGUCAGUGGGCAGGGAUUUAAAGCUGUCUAUGAAGCACUGCCCAGCUACACUUGUGGAAAUCCAGGACAGCUAAUCAACGGCCACCAGCAGGGGUCAACGUUCAACAUCGGGGACAAAAUCCGCUACAGCUGCAGUCCUGGAUAUGUACUGGAGGGUCACACCACCCUCUCUUGUCUGGCCACGUCAGCUGGUACAGCUGCUUGGGAUUUCCCUCUUCCCUACUGCAGAGCGGAUGACGGUUGCGGAGGCACACUGCGAGGCCAAAGUGGUGUGAUCACGUCUCCCAAUUACCCCGCCGAGUACAACAACAAUGCAGACUGCACCUGGACAGUGCUGGCCGAGCCGGGAGACACCAUCGCCCUGGUUUUCUCUGACUUUCAGCUGGAGGACGAUUAUGAUCUGCUAGAGGUCAGCGGCACCGAUGGCUCCUCACAGUGGUUCACUGGCCCCAACCUUCCCUCGCCCAUCAUUAGCAGCAAGAACUGGCUUCGUCUGCACUUUACCUCCGACGGCAACCACAAGCUGAGAGGUUUCAGUGCCCAGUAUCAAGUGAAGAAGAUGACUGAGCUCAAGUCCAGAGGUGUGAAGAUGUUGCCCAGCAAAGACAACAACCACAAGAUAUCAGUGUUGUCCCAGAUGGGCGUGGCUCAAGGACACAACAUGUGUCCAGACCCAGGAAUCCCAGACAGAGGAAAAAGAAAAGGCUCGGACUUCAGACGAGGAGCCACAGUCCAUUUCUCCUGUGAUGAGGGUUACGAACUCCAGGGAUCAAAGAGCAUUACUUGUCUCAGAGUGACGGACAGCUACGUCGGCUGGAGCGAUGAUCGACCCAUUUGCAGAGCACCCAUGUGUGGGGGUCAACUGAGGGGACCCAGCGGUGUCCUCACAUCCCCAAACUACCCGGUCCAAUACGACAACAAUGCUAACUGCACGUGGAUCAUCACAGCCACAGACGCUUCAAAGGUAAUCAAGCUGACCUUUGAGGACUUUGACCUGGAGCGAGGCUAUGAUACUCUGACAGUAGGGGAUGGCGAGGUGGUCGGAGAUCAGAAGACCGUCUUCCAUGUACUGUCAGGUACUACCACUCCGGACCUUGUGGUCAGCACCAGUCACCAGAUGUGGCUCAAUUUCAAAACGGACGACACCAGUGGCUCCCUUGGCUUCAAAGUUUCAUACGAAGAAAUCGAACAAGGCAGUUGUGGAGAUCCUGGAAUCCCUGCGUAUGGCAAGCGGGAAGGGACGGGGUUUCGUCACGGAGAUCGACUCUACUUUGAGUGCCUUCCCGCCUUUGAGCUGGUCGGGAAGAAGAACAUCACCUGUCAGAAGAACAACCAGUGGUCGGCAAAGAAACCCAGCUGUGUUUUUUCCUGUUUCUUCAACUUUACCACUCCGAACGGGGUGCUGCUGUCUCCCAACUACCCCCAAGAGUAUGGAAACAAUAUGCACUGUGUGUGGCUUAUCAUCACGAACCCUGAGAGCCGGAUCAAUCUGGCCUUCAAUGACCUCAGCAUGGAAAAACAGUUUGACUUCCUCUCAAUCAAAGAUGGCGGAAAGGCCGAGUCUCCCAUCCUGGGCACCUUCUCGGGUGACGUCCUACCUCCUCCCAUAACAACUAGUGCUCACGUAGCGCGGCUGGAGUUCCUCACUGACCACACCUACACAGACAGAGGAUUCAACAUCACAUUUACCACUUUUCGCCACAAUGAGUGUCCAGACCCGGGUGUUCCUGUGAAUGGGAAGCGAUACGGUGAGAGCCUUCAGUUGGGCAGUUCUAUCUCGUUUCUGUGCGAGGAAGGAUUCGUCAAGACCCAUGGAUCGCAAACCAUAUCCUGCAUUCUCAAGGACGGCAGUGUGGUAUGGGAUAACGCUGUUCCUCGUUGCGAAGCGCCGUGCGGAGGUGAUCUAAAGGCUCCUAGUGGAAUCAUCCUCUCCCCUGGCUGGCCGGAACUCUAUAAGGAGGCUCUCAACUGUGAAUGGAUCAUUGAGGCUCCUCCAGGCUACCCCAUUAAGAUUAUAUUUGACAAGUUUCGCACGGAGGUCAACUACGAUGUCCUUGAGGUGCGUGAUGGACGAUUCCCGUCUUCGCCCCUGAUCGGCAGUUAUCAGGGAACCCAGGUCCCCCAGUUCCUCAUCAGCACCUCCAACUUCCUGUACCUGCUCUUCUCCACCGACAAGAGCCACUCUGACAUCGGCUUCCGAAUUCGCUACGAAACUCUGCAGUUGCAGUCGGAUCACUGUGUCGAUCCAGGCAUACCUGUCAACGGUCAGCGGCACGGCAACGACUUCUACGUGGGUGCGUUGGUGACAUUUAGCUGUGAGGCAGGCUACACGCUCAGUGACAACGAGCCGUUGGAAUGUGAACCCAAUUUUCAAUGGAGCCGCCCACUGCCCAGCUGUGAUGCACUGUGCGGCGGUUAUAUCCAGGGUAACUUCGGCACCAUUCUGUCACCUGGUUUUCCAGACUUUUACCCUCACAACCUCAACUGCACAUGGAUAAUCGAGACGUCACAUGGCAAAGGUGUCCAGUUCACAUUCCACACUUUCCACCUCGAAAGCCCUCAUGACCAUUUGUUGGUGACAGAGAACAGCAGCUUCACUCAGCCUCUGUGGAGACUGACCGGCUCAACACUUCCUCCUCCACUCAGCGCAGGCCUGUUUGGAAACUACACGGCUCAGAUACGCUUCCUCUCUGACUUCUCUGUGUCCUAUGAGGGAUUCAACAUCACUUUCUCUGAGUAUGAUUUGGAGCCAUGUGAAGAUCCUGGAAUCCCACCCUUCAGCACCAGAAAGGGUCUACUCUAUGGAGUAGGAGAUGCGCUCAUCUUCUCCUGUUUCCCAGGUUACAGACUAGAGGGUCCGGCCAGGGUGGUGUGCUUAGGGGGCAGAAGGCGGGUGUGGAGUUCGCCUCUGCCAAGGUGUGUUGCCGAAUGCGGCUCCUCCGUGACUGGCAUGCAGGGGGUGCUGCUAUCGCCCAACUACCCUGGCUACUAUGGUAACAAUCACGAGUGCAUCUACUCCAUCCAAACCCAGCCUGGCAAAGGCAUCCAGCUUCGAGCACGGGACUUCAGGUUGGAGGAGGACGACAUGCUUAAAGUCUUUGACGGCAGCAGUAACAGCGCACGUCUGCUGGGUAUAUACACGGGCAACGAGUUGCUAGACACAACUCUGAACUCCACCUCCAGCUCGAUGUGGCUGGAGUUCAUCAGCAACGCAGAUAACAUCAGCAAAGGCUUUGAGCUGCACUUCACCAGUUUCGAGCUGGUCAAAUGUGAGGACCCCGGUGUCCCCCAUUUUGGCUACAAGAAAGAGGAUAAAGGGCAUUUUGCUGGGAGCACUGUGUCGUACAGUUGUGACCCAGGCUACACACUGAAAGGCCCUGAAGUACUCACCUGCCUGAGGGGGGAGAGAAGGGCAUGGGACAGCCCUCUCCCACUGUGUGUCGCCGAGUGUGGUGGCAACCUCAAGGAUGAACCCGCCGGUCGAAUCCUGUCUCCUGGCUAUCCAGCUCCAUACGAGCACAACCUGCACUGCAUGUGGACCAUCGAGGCGCCCCCUGGGAGCACUAUCAGCCUGCAUUUCCUAGUAUUCCACACGGAGGAGGUCCACGAUGUGCUGCGAAUAUGGGAUGGGCCCCAGGAUGGAGGGGUUCUGCUGCGGGAGCUGAGUGGUUCCGUCCUGCCCCAGGACGCCCACAGCACCUUUAACACGGUCAGCCUGCAGUUCACCACGGACUUCUUCACCAGCAAGCAGGGCUUUGCUCUGCAGUUCUCUAUUUCUACCGCAACCUCCUGCAAUGACCCCGGCAUGCCUACUAACGGCACCCGCGGUGGAGACAGCAGAGAGCCUGGUGACCAGGUGGUGUUCCAGUGUGAUCCCGGCUACGUCCUACAGGGAGCCAACAGGAUCACCUGCACCGAGAUUAAUGGGCGUUUCUUCUGGCAGCCCGACCCUCCGACAUGCACAGCUCCGUGUGGUGGGAACCUGACAGGUCCUAGUGGACUGAUUCUGUCUCCGGACUAUCCUGAACCUUACCCCCAUGGAAGGGAGUGUGACUGGAGAGUCACCGUCACACAGGACUACGUCAUUUCUUUGAGCUUUAACCAGUUCAGUUUGGAGCCCAGUUACGACUUCUUGCACAUCUACGACGGGCCCGACUCCCUCAGCUCUUUGUUGGGCAGUUUCUACGGCACAGAUGUUCCAGAUCACAUCGAGAGCAGCUCCAACACCCUGUUUCUGGCUUUCCGCAGCGAUGCGUCUCUGAGCAGUAACGGAUUUGUGCUGCAGUACACAGAGAACCCCAGGGAGUCUUGCUUUGAGCCGGGCCUGUUGCGCAACGGGACACGGACGGGCGCCGACCUCAAGCUGGGCUCCACUGUCACGUACCACUGUGACAGUGGCUACACACUAGAGGGAGACUCAACCCUCACUUGCAUCAUGGGGCGAGACGGCAAGCCAAACUGGAACAAACCCAGGCCCAUUUGCAUCGCGCCAUGUGGAGGACAGUAUUCAGGUCUGGAAGGUGUGGUCCUGUCUCCUGGAUAUCCUGGAAACUACAGCAGUGCGCGCACGUGCUUGUAUUCUGUGGUUGUGCCCAAGGAUUAUGUGGUCUUCAGUCAGUUCGCCUUCUUCCAGACGGCUCUGAACGACAUCGUGGAGGUUUAUGACGGAGCCACUCAGCACUCCCGCGUUCUCAGCUCCCUGUCUGGAGCUCAUACAGGUGAGUCGUUGCCACUGGCAACCUCCAAUCAAAUUCUGAUCCGCUUCACCUCCAAAGGCCAGACCAGCUCCAGAGGAUUCCACUUGGUCUACCAAGCCGUGCCCCGGACCAGUGCAACUCAGUGCAGCUCGGUCCCUGAGCCUCGUAACGGCCGUCGAAUGGGUAACAACUUUGCAGCGGGCGCUGUGAUUCGCUUCGAGUGCAGCCCGGGUUAUGUGCUGGAGGGGUCGAGUGCUAUUGAAUGUUUAACGGUCCCAAACGCCCUGGCACAGUGGAACAGUUCUAUACCCAGCUGUAUAGUGCCAUGUGGAGGAAAUCUGACCCAUCGCACUGGAACCAUCUUGUCACCGGGUUUCCCUGAGCCGUACCUCAACAGCCUCAACUGCGUGUGGAAAAUCACUGUUCCUGAAGGGUCAGGAAUACAGAUCCAGGUAAUCAGCUUUGUGACGGAGCAGAACUGGGAUUCACUGGAAGUUUUCGAUGGAGGAGACAACACAGACACCAUGCUCGGCAGCUUCUCUGGCACCACCGUUCCAGCACUUCUUAACAGCACCUCCAACCAACUGUACCUCCACUUUUUCUCUGAUAUUAGCGUUUCUGCAGCAGGAUUCAGACUGGAAUACAAAACUGUGACUCUGACCAGCUGUCCAGAGCCUGUGGUUCCAAUGAAUGGCAUUAAAGUGGGCGAACGCCUCCAGAUGAAUAAUGUGGUGUCCUUCCAGUGUGAACCUGGAUAUACUCUACAGGGAAAGUCACAUAUCACCUGUAUGCCCGGAACUGUUCGAAGAUGGAACUACCCGCCUCCUCUCUGCAUCGCGCAAUGUGGUGGAAUCCACGAGGAGAUGGAAGGCAUGAUCCUGAGUCCCGGUUUCCCUGGGAACUACCCUAGCAACAGUGACUGCACCUGGAGAAUCUACCUGCCGGUUGGUUACGGAGCCCACGUUCAGUUCCUCAACUUUUCCACUGAGGCCAACCACGAUUUCCUCGAGAUUCGCAAUGGGCCCCUUGACACGAGUGCAGUGAUCGGGCGGUUCAGUGGUCAGCACGUUCCCACCUCUCUCCUCACGACCUCCCACGAGACCACCGUGUAUUUCCACAGUGACCACUCACAGAACAAACCUGGUUUUAGGUUUGAGUACCACGCGUACGAGCUACAGGAGUGCCCCGAUCCCGAGCCCUUUCACUACGGGGUGGUGGUGGGCGCCGGCUACAACGUGGGCCAAUCCAUCUCCUUCGAGUGUCUGCCUGGAUACCAGCUAAUGGGACAUUCCAUCCUCACCUGCGAGCAUGGCACCACACGCAACUGGGAUUAUCCGUUCCCUCGCUGUGAAGUGCCCUGCGGCGGAAACAUCACGUCUGACAAUGGGACCAUCUUCUCCCCGGGUUACCCAGAGGAGUAUCCAAAUUCGGCAGACUGCUCCUGGCUGAUCACCGUAUCACAUGGCUUUGGGAUUAAACUCAACUUCACCCUCCUCCAGGUUCAUGGCCCUCAUGACUUUAUCUCUGUUUGGGAUGGUCCACAGGAGACUACCAGGAAACUGGGUGUCUUUACCGAUGGGGAGCCCAACGAACCCCCGAGCAGCACGUCCAACCAGGUGCUGGUACGUUUCAGAAGUAACGCUGAGAAAGGCGGACUGUUUCGCAUCAAUUACCAAGCCUACAGGCUGCAGUUCUGCCUCCCUCCACCCAUCAUUCCUAAUGCAGAGAUCCUGAUGGCAAGCAAAGAGUUCAAAAUUGGUGAUAUAGUGCGGUACCGAUGUCUUCCGGGAUACCAGUUAAAUGGAAACAGCAUCCUGAUCUGCAAGCUGGGAACACACUUGGAGUUUGAGGGCCCUCCGCCUUCAUGUGAUGUGACUUGCCCAAUGAAUGAGGUGCUUACAGCAUCCACUGGUGUCAUCAUGAGCCAAUCACCAGGCAACGGUUUCCCCCACUUUGAGUCUUGCUCUUGGGUUGUCAAAGUGGAGCCGGGCUUCAACAUCACCUUCACUAUCGAGCACUUUCAAACCAGUCGACAGUUUGACGAGCUGGAGAUCUUCGACGGUCCAUCCAGACAGAGUCCACUCCUCAUCACCCUCAGUGGUAACUACUCCAAUCCACUGAGCAUCACCAGCUCCAGUAAUAAGGUUUACCUGCACUGGUCCUUCGAUCACACUACCAGCCACAAAGGCUUCAAGAUUCGCUACUCAGCUGCUUACUGCAGCCCCCCUAACAACCCAGUGAACGGCACAGUGCACAGCCUGACGGGCACUAAGCUGGGGAGCAGUCUGCGUUUCAACUGUGACCAGGGUUUUCGGCUUAUCGGCCAAAGCACUGCCGCGUGCACCCGGAAUUUACAAGGCAUCUACCAGUGGAAUGCCCCGGUGCCACUCUGUCAAGUCAUGUCCUGUGGAAUGCCGGUGCCUCCAGUCAAUGGCAGUAUUGUUGGACAGGACUUUUCUCUAGGGGCCAGGGUCACCUACCAGUGUAAUCCUGGGUUCCGUAUCGCUGGUCCGGUCACGACCACGUUGGCGUGUCAGGAAUCUGGUCGGUGGAGUCCCAUUGAGGCGCCACCUAGAUGUAUACCUGUGACUUGUCCUGACAUCGGCCACUCAGCAGUGGAGCACGGGAGAUGGAGACUGAUCUACGGGACUCAAAACCAAUAUGAUGCUAUUAUGAUGCUUAUAUGUGACCCGGGAUAUUACUACAGGGGUCAAAGGGUCAUACGCUGUCAAGCCAACGGAACCUGGAAUUACCCAGAUCCACGACCAGUCUGUGGAAUUAUUUCCUGUGGGGACCUUGGAACGCCACCAAAUGGCAACAAGAUCGGAACACUGACUGUGCACGAAGCCACUGCCAUUUUCUCCUGCAACACAGGUUACACCUUGGUGGGCUCCCGGGUACGAGAGUGUAUGUCAAAUGGGCUUUGGAGUGGAACACAGGUUCAGUGUCUCGCUGGCCAUUGUGGUACACCAGAGCCCAUAGUGAACGGACAGAUCAUUGGAGAGAACUACAACUACAGAGGUAGUGUCGUGUACCAGUGCAACCCAGGGUUUCGUCUCAUCGGGGUGUCGGUGCGGAUUUGUGAACAGGACCACCGCUGGUCAGGAAACACACCCGUCUGUGUCCCCAUCACAUGUGGACAUCCCGGUAACCCUACCUUCGGCUUAACUCAAGGAAACCAGUUCAACUUAAACGAUGUUGUUCGCUUCGUCUGCAAUACCGGAUAUGUUCUGCAGGGAGCUGUAAAAUCUGCCUGCCAGGCCAACGGACAGUGGAGUAACGCUCUCCCCCGGUGUAAAAUUGUAAACUGCACAGAUCCAGGUCAUGUGGAGAACAGCGUGAGGCAGGUGCUGUCCAGUGGCCCACAUCGCUAUAGCUUUCAGACCGCUGUGUCAUUCCGCUGCAACCCAGGCUAUUACCUGCUCGGCACCAGCUCGAUCUCCUGUCAGGGCGACGGCACCUGGGAUCGCUCCCUUCCGAAGUGUCUGUUGGUGCUGUGUGACCGUCCCAGCAUGCCACCUUACACUCAGAUAUCGGGCGACCGCCGGACAGUAGGUGCAGUCAUCCGCUAUAGCUGCAUCGGUCAGCGUGCCAUCGUUGGCAACACGACGCGGAUGUGCCAGCUGGAUGGCCAGUGGAGCGGCUCACCACCACACUGCUCCGGAGAGUCUGCUGGACUGUGUGGUGAUCCAGGUGUCCCCGUGCACGGGAUCCGCCUGGGCGAGGAGUUCACGGUGGGCAGUGUUGUCCGUUUCAGCUGUGAGCCUGGCUACAUGCUGAAGGGAUCUCCAGAAAGAACCUGCCUUGCCAACGGUACCUGGCACGGAGCACAACCAGAGUGUCAUGUCAUCUCCUGCGGAAACCCAGGAACUCCUCGGAACUCCCAGAUCCUGAUCCACGAUGGCCUGACAUUUUCCAGAUCCAUCACUUAUUCUUGCAGGGAGGGCUAUUACUCUACUGGCCUGCUCACCCGACACUGCACUGUGAACGGGACCUGGACUGGGAACAUGCCGGAAUGCUCAGUAAUCAACUGUGGUGACCCUGGUGUGCCAGCCAAUGGUGUGAGGAUAGGGAACGAUUUCACCUACAACCGCGCCGUCAGUUUCCAGUGUUCUCCUGGGUUUAUAAUGGACGCUGAUCGGGUCUCAACCCUCGUAUGCACCAAGGAUCGCACAUGGAAUGGCACCAAACCCAUUUGUAGAGCAAUUGUGUGCGGUCAACCUCCCACCAUCCCAAAUGGACAAGUGGUCGGUACGGACUUCACCUGGGGCUCCAGCAUCAGCUACUCCUGUAACCAAGGUUACCAGCUGUCCCUGCCCACAGUGUUGACGUGUCAGGGCAACGGAAACUGGAGCGGAGAAAAACCGCAGUGCUUCCCCGUCUUCUGCGGAGAUCCAGGGAUGCCAGCCCAGGGGAGGAGAGAGGACAGAGGAUUCACCUACCUCUCCUCUGUAUCCUUCUCCUGCUACCCGCCGCUAGUCCUGGUUGGCUCCAUAAGGAGAUAUUGCCAAUAUGACGGAACUUGGAGUGGCACACAGCCGUCCUGUAUAGAUCCCACUCACACCACUUGUGGAGACCCUGGGUCUCCUCUCUUUGGAAAUCAAAACAACAGUCAAGGCUAUCAGAUCAGCAGCACUGUGUUCUUCAGCUGCAGAAAGGGCUACUUACUGCAGGGCUCUAUUUCACGCACCUGUCUACCCAACCUCACAUGGAGCGGUUUUCAACCUGAGUGUAUUGCCCACCACUGUAGCCAACCUGAGCUGCCAGCCCAGUCAGAUGUGCGAGCCAUUGAACUGCCAUCCCUCGGCUACACGCUCAUCUAUACAUGUCAGCCCAGUUUCUACUUGGCUGGAGGAUCAGAGCACAGGACCUGCAAGUCUGAUGGAAGCUGGACAGGGAAGCCACCUAUCUGUGCAGCGGAUAACCGCCCCAGUGGUAAAAGCCCAGUGGGGACUGUGCAGGAGCCCCCCUCCAAAUUACCAGUACCCGGUGGUGUAUUUGCAAAGAACUCCCUCUGGAGGGGAUCCUAUGAAUACCUGGGGAAGAAGCAGCCUGCUAUGCUCAGCAUUACUGCCUUUGAACCCUUUAGCAACCGUGUCAACGGGACGCUCAUUGAUCACAGCGGAGUCGAACUCAAACUGGCCGGUACUUAUAAACGGGACGAAGCUCAGCUGCUGCUGCAGGUCCAUCAGAUCAGAGGCCCCGUGGAGAUCUUUGUCAACAAGUUCAAAAUAGACAACUGGGCCCUGGAUGGACAUGUGUCUUACAUCUCCUCAUCCAACUCCUUCGUGUAUCAGGGCUUUGUGAGAGGAAAAGGCUUCGGUCAGUUUGGUCUCCAACGACUCGAGAGUUUGGAUCCCAGAGUAAAGAACCCAGACUACAACUUUGCCUCCAACAGCAGUUCCGUGGCAGCAGCCAUCCUCGUGCCUUUUAUAGCCAUGAUCAUUGCAGGCUUCGCUUUGUACCUCUACAAACACAGAAGAAGACCCAAAGUCCCGUUCAACGGCUUCGUGGGCCACGAGAACACCAACGGCCGAGCUACGUUCGAGAACCCCAUGUACGACCGCAACAUUCAGCCCACGGACAUCAUGGCCAGCGAGACAGAGUUCACCGUCAGCACAGUGUGCACAGCUGUAUAGCAACCGCUUCCUUCACAGAAUUUUUUAAUUCAUCCUCGAUUGAUUUUUAAGGAGGCUCAAACACGUCCACGUCCGCCUACCUGUCAGUUGAGGACACUUCCAGUUCCUUGAGCAGAGGGCCACCAACUUUUCCUGAUAUUUUAAAGUUCAAAACAUCUGCGACGACGAGACUCGCUUACAGGCACGUGAA